AUGCAGAACAUUCUAGAUGCAAUGUCUGUACUGAGGACUUUGUGUCGGUCCUCAGCCGAGCAGCUUCUCAGGCCGUUCUCGACCAAAAGCUUACCCACUCUCACUCUGUUCACCAAGGAUCCCUGUCCUCUGUGUGAUGAAGCAAAGGAAGUGCUGGAGCCACUCAAGCACAGGUUUGUCCUGCAGCAAGUGGACAUCAGUCUUCCAGAGAACAAGCUGUGGUGGGACAGGUACAAGUGGGACAUACCUGUGUUCCAUCUGAACGGACAGUUUCUCAUGAAACACAGGGUGAACCUCGGCCUGCUGGAAAAACUGCUACAGGACAUUGAGAAGCAGCAGACGUGAUGACCAUCACUUCAUUGUCUGUUUCCCUCCAUUGUCAAUAAACAGAAGUGAUCAUUGAACAUUCAGUCACU